AUGGCAAGUCAAAGGCUUUUACAAGGAUAUAGGAGAGGCAUCCACAUAAGUAGAACUGGAGUAUCAUCAGAUGAGGAAAUGGCCAAAAUGAUUGCUGAAAAGCUGAACAAAUCAGGGUUAAGAGAUGUUCGAGCCAUGAUGCCAUCUCUGUGUUCUAAUCUGAAUCAUGAAGUCACCUCCUUGGUACUCUCAAACCCUGAUGUUUCCCCUCGUUCUUGCUUGUCUUUCUAUGAACUUUUGGAAAAUGAUGAGUCUCUUACUGCUCAAAAACCUGACGUUGAAGCCAGCUUCGUCCUUCGUUUGAGACUAUUCAAGGACAGGAAGUUUGUGGACAUGAAGAAUGUGUUGACUAGGAUUGCAUCAGAUGAUGUUAGGUUCCCAGUUGCUAGUUGGGUAUCUAUGAACAGUGGAAAAUUAAAUGAAGAUUGUUUUAGGGAGAAGCUGUAUGACAUGCUGUUUAGAGUCUAUGCUGAUGCAAGGAUUUUCGAAGAGGGCCUUGAGGUUUUUGAUUACAUGAUAAGUAACGGGUUGAAGAUUGACGAGAGAUCUUGUAUCGUCUAUCUGCUUGCUUCGAAGAGAUGCGACAGAAUGGAGAUGUGUUCAGUACUAUUCAGAAAGAUGGUUAAUUCUAAUAUGGAGGUUAGUGUUUACUCUUUGACCAUUGUGGUUGAUGGGUUGUGUAGAAGAGGUAGGGUUACAAGGGCUAAAGAAUUAAUGAUUGAGAUGGCUGGGGUGAAAGGAAUUAAGCCGAAUGUCAUUACCUACAAUACCAUUUUGAAUGGAUAUGUGAAAAUAAGGGAUUCUGCCGGCAUUGAAGAGAUCUUGAGAUUGAUGGAGACGGAUGAAGUUGCUUAUAAUGCCGCUACAUAUACCAUGUUGAUUCAUUUCUUUGGUGACAGCGGUAAGGCGGAGAAAGCUGAGAGGGCUUUUGCUUUGUUUGAUGAGCUCGGCGAGAGAGGUCUUGCUCCCAGUACUCACACAUAUGGGGCCUUGAUUGAUGGUGUCUGCAAGGCUGGCCAGAUGGAGGCAGCUAAGAUCUUGCUAUCCAGAAUGCAAAGCCAAGGGUUAGACAUGAAUCUGCUGAUCUUCAACACUCUUAUUGAUGGUUAUUGUAAAGCAGGUAUGAUAGAUGAGGCUUUAAGAGUAAAGGGUACAAUGGAAAAGAACGGAUUCAAGGCGGAUAACUAUACACAUAACAUUAUUGCUAGUGGCCUGUGUAAAUUGAACAAGCUUGAUGAUGCGAAGAACUGGUUGUUUGCAAUGAUCGAAAGAGGUGAAAUACCAAAUUCAGUGAAUUUCACCACUCUGAUCAACAUCUACUGCAAAGAGAGGAAUAUCCUGGAAGCGAAGAAGCUGUUCAAGGAGAUGAAGAAGAAAUCAGUGAAACCCACUCUUGUUACUUACAAUGCUCUGAUUGACGGAUGCUGUAAGGAAGGCAAGAUCCAUGAAGCUUACAAGCUAAAAGAAGAAAUGGUGGCUGUGGGAUUUUUACCAGACAUAUACACAUAUACCUCGCUCAUACACGGGGAAUGUAUUUCUGGAGACGUGGAUAAAGCACUGCAACUGUUGAGUGAAGCUCGUGAAAGUGGUUUGACGAUCAAUAUGGUCACUUACACUGCAAUUGUUUCGGGCCUGUCCAGGGAGGGCCGUUCUGAAGAAGCUUUUAAAUUGUACGACGAGGCUAUGGAGACUGGAAUGACUCCUAACAACAGAUUGUACGCAUCACUUGUUGGCAGCCUUCACCAAGUUCCGAACUCUUAA